UUGAACAAUCGUGUUUGCCGUCAUUCAGACCUUGGGCAACGACACCAGAGGUCACCACGGGCAUUUGCUGCUUGAAUCCUUGUCAUUUAGUCGCACAAUGACAUCCCUCACUCUACCCGCCCGCUUCCCUGCCAUUUCAACUUCCAUUUUCCGCACAACUCUCCCGACAUUGCGGCUACCUCUUCCCCUCGCCAUCCCAACAAGAAUAACGGGGACCGCAGGAGCUGCAUUGGAAUGGUUGUCCGGACUUUUAUGGGCUGUACCAAAGAAGAAGACAACACACAGGAAAAAGCGUUUGCGAAUGGCAACGAAAUGGCUGAAACCUUUGCGCAAUAUAUCAACAUGUCCGUUUUGUGGGCAGCCAACGCUGAAGCAUCAUAUAUGUAGAGGGUGUGUGAAACGAGCAACGGCCUGAGCGUGUUGGGACUCUGGAGGUGGGAGAGUGGGAUUUAGAGGAUGUUGAAAAUGUCCAUCAGCUCCUUUGGACUACGGGCAAUCGUGGCCACCGAGACCGUUAAACAGCGGCGUUGAUAUUGCAGCCCUAUGCAGUGUCAGAUAGGAACUGAAGGGUUGCUGGAGCGUAUUUAUUAGAGUAGGAGCUUCCAUGUUAAGAGCGCGCGUAGAUGACUCACAUAGCCUGGGAAACAGAGAGUCUACUUUUGUCGUUGAUGGUCGCGGUCAUUCUGCAAGUAGCUUUUUAGUGCAAUUGUUGUCUUUCUACCUCAAAGUCGAACGAACCCAAUUUCGACGGUACAAUCAUUAACAUGACCAAGUCUUUAGUACUCACAGCUGACCUCUUUCCAUGUGUUGUUUCCGCAUUUCCCACGGUCUUCCAAAUGUCAAAUCCGCGAAGUUAUCUGCGAUUCAGCGCCGAACUUCUUGAUCAGGACAUUCAAAGUUGGUAUCGUCUCAUGGCUCGCCUUGAACGUGUAUCCAAGAGCACGCGAGCACAUGUACAGCGUGUCCGUUGGAGUUCCUGCUGGCUUACGCCGGCCCUUGCUCAGCAUUUUAUCUCGCAAGCACAGUUAAUCAAAUCUCUUGUGCUGCCAAUAUCUGCUGAAGGUGACCACGAAUUGGAGCAAUCGGCCAUGGCUAGGUUUUUCAGUCAAGCGGAUAUCAGUAUGAUGGAUGUCAAUAUGGCAGAUGUUUGGCCAUAUUGCGCUUGGCCAAUCCUUAAGCUUGCCAAAAAUUCUGUUAAUGCCAGGAGUCUUUGCAUUAGCACCGAGAAGUGGGACUUCCUUUGCACUGAUCUGGGAGACUUUUUCCAUCUAUAGUUAGAAGUGUUCGAUGUGGAGUGGAGGUUUUUUUUGGGAAUUGGAGCGAAGCCCAAGCUGUGGCUUGGACAUUGCAGACUGAAGGGCAGACUGGCCUAACCCACAACAUGGAUGAUGCCAUUGCCUUAUCUGCUAUGGCAUUUAUUGAGGAGGCUCUGGAGCCGUUGUAUGUUGCACAUAGAGCGCAACUGCCUUCUGAUCCCGUAUACGGAUGGGAAGGUGAACCAUCAGGCUCAGCAGAAAGCUUCUGCACACGGUGUGGAUCGACAGCAGCGCUGGAGAUUCACUCUAGAAAGACGCCUAGAAUAGAUCCAAUGGCUCAUCGCCGUUCGAUACCUUACAUUUUUGCAUUCCUUUCCGCUCUCUGUGCCCUAACCCACACUCAAGCGACAUCCUCCAUAACCUCAGAUGCUCCUACCAACCUUUCCUUGGCGCUGUGGUCACCGCAGCCGGACAUAAAUGAGGCUGCGAUAGAGGGAUUUUUUGCUAGUAGUGGGCAUACAAACAAUUGGGCUGUGCUGGUCUGCACUUCCCGCUUCUGGUUUAACUACAGGCACAUCGCAAACACACUUUCCAUAUACCAUACUGUGAAACGCUUGGGCAUACCUGACUCGAAUAUCAUUCUCAUGCUAUCUGACGACGUCGCAUGUAACCCAAGAAAUCACUUCCCAGCCACUAUAUAUAAUAAUGCUGGUCGAUUCAUUGAUCUCUACGGGCGCAACGUGGAAGUCGAUUAUAGAGGGUACGAAGUAACUGUGGAGAACUUCAUUCGAUUGUUGACGGGACGGCAUGAUCCCGACGUGCCCAGAUCCAAGCGACUUUUGACCGAUGACCGGAGCAAUGUCCUGGUUUACAUGACAGGCCAUGGUGGCGAUGAGUUCCUGAAGUUCCAGGACGCAGAAGAAAUCGGCAGCCAUGACAUUGCAGAUGCUUUUGCUCAGAUGUAUGAAAAAAAUCGAUAUCAUGAGAUAUUUUUCAUGAUCGACACUUGCCAAGCAGCGUCUAUGUACAAGCGCAUCUACUCUCCAAACAUUUUGGCAGCGGCAUCGGCUGAGGUUGGACAAAACUCGUACUCUCAUCAUGUCGAUCCCGACAUAGGUGUAGCGGUUAUUGAUCGGUUUACAUACUACAAUCUGGAGACACUGGAAAAACUCAAGGGGGAAGACAAGUCCACCUUGCAGCAACUGUUUAGUACUUAUAACACACAGGCGAUUGCGUCCACCCCCGGCAUAAGAACAGAUUUAUACCCACGGAGACCAGAAAAUGCUUUGGUCACGGACUUCUUCGGCGGAGUCCAGAACGUACAACUAACAACAGCGGGGUAUAAGCUGAAGUCCGGUAACCUGCAGAGUCAGACGUUGACAAAGCAGCAUCAUCCAUCGAAAUCCGGUAGCGCAAAGCGGAAGUCCAUGGUUCCCCCUUCUCGUAAUAACGCGCUGCAAGUGCAUUCAGAACGUGGGGCAGUAUCACUACCAUUUGUAUUGGGUCUAAUGGGAUUCAUGGCCGGAGUAUGGUUUCUUUCACGAGUAAUAUGAUGGUCUCAUUAGUUGCCAGCUUAUACAAAUGUUGAUUUGUGUUUUGGCGCGUUACCUCCAUAUUAAUGCGUCAUCCCCGACGUAUAUAAUGUUGCUGUCGGCGGAUUAUUAGCGUAGUUCAAUCACCGCAGGGCAAGGGUGUCUGACAACUCACCGGCAGUCGUGAGAAAAUGCACAACAACGGACGGUUUUGGUUGACCUCGAAUGGUCUAACGUUGAUAUGAGCUCUCCCUGAGCUAGAUUAUAGAUAAAAACGUUGCCUGAUGGGUUCCCGA